CUCCUCAGAACCCGGGGACCUGGCCCCCAGGCCCCUCUCCGGCCCACCGCGAUCCGGGCCGUGGUGCCGCCCGGCCCCCGGCUCGCCUCAGCCAUGUCUCUCCUCCACCAGGACAAAGAGUAUGUCGGCUUUGCGGCUCUCCCGAGCCAGCUGCACCGCAAGUCCGUCAAGAAGGGAUUUGAUUUCACUCUCAUGGUGGCAGGAGAAUCGGGUUUGGGGAAAUCAACUCUCAUCAAUAGCCUUUUCCUCACUGAUCUCUACAAGGACCGAGAACUGCCGGACGCCAGCGCUCGCCUGGAACAGACCCUGACCAUUGAGCGCCGAGGGGUGGAGAUCGAGGAGGGGGGCGUGAAGGUCAAACUCACUCUGGUGGACACCCCCGGCUUUGGAGAUGCUGUGGACAAUGCAGACUGCUGGCUGCCGGUGGUGCGGUUCAUCGAGGAGCAGUUUGAGCAAUACCUGCAGGAUGAAAGUGGGCUGAACCGCAAGAACAUCCAGGAUACUCGAGUUCACUGCUGCCUGUACUUCAUCUCUCCCUUCGGCCGGGGGCUCCGGCCCCUGGACGUGGCCUUCCUCCGGGCCAUACACGAGAAGGUCAACAUAGUUCCGGUCAUCGGAAAGGCUGACGCCCUGACGCCCGCCGAGGCCCAGACUCUCAAACAGAAGAUCCGAGACCAGUUGGAGGAAAAAGAGAUCAGUAUUUACCAGUUCCCAGACUGUGACUCAGACGAGGACGAAGACUUCAAGAGGCAGGAUGCGGAGAUGAAGGAGAGUAUUCCUUUUGCAGUGAUUGGCUCCAGCACAGUCGUGAGGGAUAAAUCCGAACGCAGCGUGAGGGGCCGGCUUUACCCCUGGGGCACGGUGGAGGUGGAGAACCCCCGGCACUGCGAUUUCCUCAACCUCCGGCGGAUGCUGGUGCAGACCCACCUGCAGGACCUGAAGGAGGUGACUCACGACCUGCUCUACGAAGGUUACCGAGCUCGCUGCCUCCAGAGCCUGGCUCGCCCGGGAGCCCGCGACCGCGCCAGCCGCAGCAAGCUGUCUCGCCAAAGCGCCACGGAGUUUCCCCUUCCCAUGAUGCCUACGGCUGAGACGGAGAAGCUGAUCCGAGAGAAGGACGAGGAGCUCCGCCGGAUGCAGGAGAUGAUCGCGAAGAUGCAGGCGCAGAUGCAGCAGAAUCAAGGGGAGCAGACUGAUGCCCUCUGAACCCUCGAACCAGCGGACGUCCAGCCCGUCAGGGCUUCCCCUCGGCCGACUCCUCCUCCCGUUGGGGACCCAGGCUUCCCAGCAGCUUGCCCCGGCUCCCUUCUCGGACAUUCAGCCCCCACCACCCCGCCUCAGCCAGCCGCCUUCCUGGCCCAGAAUCGACCGGCCCCAAGAUCUCCCUUCAGCCUCGGACCAAGGCAGCCGCCCUCUCCGUUUUCUCCACCUCACCCCGUCUCUCCCUUUCGAAUUUGUUGUCUCAAUAAAAGCUGUUCUCCCCGA